ACACAACAUAAUAAAAAAAAAAAAGAUAUACAAAGAGUUGAUAGUAGGAUACAAGUUCGCUUUUGAUCACUGUCCUCAAAAAGAGAGAAAAAGGACCAGCUGAAAUGGGGCGUUGGGUGAGACCUGAGGUGUACCCUCUUCUCGGAGCAAUGGGAUUUGUAACAUCUAUGGUUGUGUUUCAACUCACAAGGAAUGCAUUAUUAAACCCUGAUUGCAGGAUAAGUAAAGAGAACAGAAAAAUGGGAAUUCUGGAAAAUGAAGAUGAAGGAGAAAAAUAUGCACAACACAAUCUUCGCAAGUAUUUGAGGACCCGUCCACCUCAAGUUAUGCCUUCUCUCAACCGUUUCUUCUCUGAAGAGGACAACUAAACUAUUUCACCUUAUCAUAAAAGUUACUUAUAUACUCGUUAUACAAAUUAAAUCUAGUUUGGGAUUGCUUAAUGUGUAUUGUAAUACUUAGUAGGGCUGGACAAUUUAUCCGAUAAAUUUGAUUCGAUUCGUUAUUCGUUUCGAUUCGAUCCGAAAA